CAGAGAGUGUGUGCUUCAGGAAGGAAGAGAGACCACGCGCGUGUGCGUGUGCGUGUGUGAUGGAGCGAGAGAGAGAGAGCGAGAGAGAGAGAGAGAGAGAGAGAGAGCGGUCAGUGUGAUGCAGAUCUUCAGAGCUUCAGACCGGACAGAUUCGUGGCCAAAUGAAACUGGACGACUCAAUCAGUGAAGACAAACACUCACCCAGAUGAGAAGUUUAAGCCAUCGCUGAGCGCUCCAACCAACAUGAAGAUUUGUGUGUGUGUGUGUUGUUACAUUAUAUUUACAUGGAUGUGCGGAAAUGUCUGAAAACAUUCAUGUGGAUGUGUACGUGUUAAAGGCGAAGUAGUGUGAAUGUGAGCAGGGUGUGAUGGUGUCAAACAUGUCUGAGGACGUGAUUAACUGCACGAUCAGCCAUGAAGUCCACCAGUACGUCUUCUCCUGUGUGUAUAUACUCGUACUUGUGGUUGGCGUUCCCUCCAACCUGUACUCUUUGUACCACGCUGCUCUGCAGCUGAAGCAGAAGAACGAGCUGGGCGUUUAUUUAAUGAACCUCACUGUGUCUGAUCUGUUAUACCUGGCGUCAUUACCACUGUGGCUACAGUACUUCUUUCAGGAUGAUGACUGGAGUCACAGGGAGUGGUUGUGUCAGCUCUGUGGCUUCCUGCUCUAUGAGAACAUCUACAUCAGCAUUGGUUUCCUGUGCUGUAUCAGCCUGGAUCGCUACCUGGCUGUGGUCCACCCUUUGAGGUUCACCUCUCUCCGCUCCAUGAGUGCAGCGUGGCUUGUCAGCACCAUCAUCUGGCUGAAGGAGAUCGCCGUGGGUGUGGUUUUCUUCCGCCAUAAAGAACUGAGCAGAGACCGCAAGAACCAAUCGGUGUGCUUCGAGCACUACCCAAUGAAGUCGUGGGAGUAUCCCAUCAACUAUUACCGCUUCACCAUUGGCUUCAUGUUCCCGCUGGCUAUUCUAUCGAUCAGCUACCUGUGUGUUCUUCGUGCCGUGGGUCGGAGCGCUGGGACACAGCCGGAUCAGAAGACGAGGAUCAGGCAGUUAGUCAGCAGCACCAUCCUCAUCUUCCUCGUCUGCUUCUCCCCCUACCACGUCUUCCUGUUAGUACGCACCCUGCUAGAGCGAGACUGCAACUUUAUUGCAGGAAUAUUUAACUACUACCACCUGUCACUGCUGCUGACCUCCCUGAACUGCGUGGCCGACCCCGCUCUCUACUGCUUCGUAAGCGAAAGCGCCCGCCGCGGCCUGUACAGAGCUGUAUUCCGGCCUAUCAAUAGGAUACUAUGUUGCUGUUUUCGCCGUGGCAACGCCAGUCCCUCCAACCCAGCCACCGAUUCCAACGAGGUCGCCACCGACGAGAACAACGGCCAUCCGACCGUGAUGCUGCUCACACACACCAGCACACUCAACAAGUUAAAAGCAGACACUUCCAGCAAAAACACAAUUUUAAUCACACAGACGAAUGAAAAAACUAUCGUACCCUUAAUUGUGCAAAAUAAUGGACACAAACGUGUGGACAAUGCUGGGAAGCCCAGCUGUGUGAUAGCCAUGGAAGAGCAGAGACAAAAGACAGAGGACUGAAGAGACUGACAAGAACCAGCUAAAACAGUCCAAGGAGCUAUCGGGAACCAGGUUCUGGACUCGGAGCAGUGGGGACUGCCUGUAAAGACUCAAUCUAGCAGUGGCCCUAGAGCCUGCUCCCCACUCAGCUGUGUUUACAUCAUCAUCAUCAUCAUCAUCAUCACAUCAUCAUCAUCAUCCUAUGGCAUAGGACUGAAAACAUGUUCUUCUCUCUCUGGAGUGAUUUCACUGAGCUUUGGUAGAGCAACUGUGAGAACCCACCACUUCUGGUUCCCUUGUCUGGAAGUCCAUAGGUUUUUAGUAUUUGCUAUGUUUCGCUGUUAUCUAAACUUUGGGCUAACUAAAAGCAGCUAGCUGGAUAGGCCCCACCACUACCCUGAGCAGACAGAGGAGGAUCAUUCAGAACAGAAUCACAUUAAUAAAACUAUUAGCUACAACUUAUAACAUAAGCUCCAUAAUGCUGAUUCUUCUCUCUUCCUUGAAACAAUCUUUAAUGUGGCAUUUACAUUUGGGACACACACAUCUUAUUUUACUAUUAGAAGAUGAAUUUGAUCUUAUCUUUAUAAUGAUGGAACUGUAGGCAGAAACCCUUUAUCAUUGAUAAGAAAUCAGUUCAUUUUCCGGAAUAAUCCAUCCACAAUUCUUCCUUCCAUAUACUGUAACCCAAAAAAAAGACUGCAAGGCUUUUACAAUAGUUGGACCCAGUGAGGUAAAGUAAGAGCACAGAAGAUUCAGUAUCAGAACAAACAGAAUACUUGAAGUGGUGCUGAUACGCACAUCACAUUAGGAGCACAUCCUGUGCAAUACUUAAGGUGCAGCUAUACAAUUACUGUCAUAAUAAAUGAAAUGGAUUUACUGGU